GGACAUAUAUAUGUAUGUGUGUAUGUAUUUAUGUAUAUAUGUGGGGUGUGGCCUGCACAUUUAUAAAGGAGGGCAAAGGAAGUUGGGUUCCUCCUUCUAACUAGCUUAUGAGAUAGAAGAGAAAUGGAGCUGGUAGCCUAGCUGAGCUUCGUAGAGAAGGUUUUGUAAGAGAGAGAGGUCUUAUAUAUAUCAAUUGCAGAGAGAAAAUACAUAUAUAUAGGUAUAGAUUUUGAUAGACAUCGAGUAGCUAAGCUAGUGUUGUUGUGUUGUUAUGGAGGAGCUGAACCCAUUGGCCAUCACUCAUCUUCUUCAACACACACUGAGAAGCCUUUGCCUCCAUGAGAGCUCCCAGUGGGUCUAUGCUGUCUUCUGGAGGGUCUUGCCUAGGAAUUACCCUCCUCCCAAGUGGGAAGGUCAAGGAGCUUAUGAAAGGUCAAGAGGGAACAGAAGGAACUGGAUAUUAGUGUGGGAAGAUGGUUUCUGCAACUUUGCAGCGUCGACCGCAGUCGAGCCCGGGGAAUGCCAAGAGGGCUCAACGUCGGUGUAUGGGAACUGCGAGUUCCCACCCUACCAAGGCCUCCAACCUGAGCUGUUCUUCAAGAUGUCCCACGAAAUCUACAACUACGGUGAAGGAUUAAUCGGGAAAGUAGCAGCAGAUUACAGCCACAAGUGGGUGUACAGGGAGCCAAAUGAUCAAGAAAUCAACUUCUUGUCUGCUUGGCACAACUCUGCCGAAUCCCAUCCUAGGACUUGGGAAGCACAGUUCCAGUCUGGUAUAAAGACAAUAGCCUUGAUUGCAGUUAGAGAAGGUGUUGUUCAGCUAGGAUCCCUCCACAAGGUGAUCGAAGAUCUCAGCUACAUAGUUCUAUUAAGGAAGAGGUUCAGCUACAUAGAGAGCAUCCCUGGAGUACUCCUGCCCCACCCAUCAUCUUCGCCCUACACUUUCAAGAUGGAUGGGUCGCCGUCCGGUGCUCCUCCCGAUGCGUGGCACUACCAGACAGCACCACCGCCACCUAUAGCUCAUCAACAUCAGUUCUAUGACCCUGCUACCUUCGGAACCUACCAGACGCCUGCCAUGAAGAUAACACCCUCGAUGACCAGCCUGGAGGCCCUCCUCUCAAAGCUCCCAUCAGUGGUGCCACCCCAGCAGGGAUAUGGCUCUGAGCAUCAAUUUGUGACCCCGCCCAGGCCACUGGAGUUCAUGGGGGUGAAUGAGAAGGUGGAAGUGGCGGCCAAGCAGGAGGUGGCCGAGGAUGCAUACGGGAAAGGGAGCGGCGGUGGAGAGAGCAGCAGUUACGCUUAUUCUCAUCUUCAUCACUACCAAGACCUGAAUGCCAUGAGCAGCACAACGAGCAGUGGAUUCUAACGAUGAGCAAUAAUUUUUGGCAGUGCUAAUAGAUUAACUAGAUUUCAGAUGAAGUAGUCCUAAUCCUAAUGUUCAUCUUGCGUUGUGGCUUCUCAUCACUUGCACUUGCAAAUUUGCUGCGCAGUUUAAAAUAUAUAGUUCUAUAUGCAAGCUAAUUCUGUGUCUCCGGGCUCAUUUCAUUAGUAUAUGAAUUAAGAGACCUCUGUUUUCAAUA